UCUUUAACUUGCCCCGACAGUCGAUAACAAAGAACAUGGCAGCGUGUCCUAACAGCUGUUUUAAACAAUCCCUAGCAACUGCCGAUCGUAAACAUUUAUGGGAUUUAUUUGUGUACAUAAAACCAAGCCUUCUAGAGUAAUAAGCUCUUUUAAGUACGGCAUCACGCACCUUAUUGCACGAUGCUUUACCAAUUUCCAGUGUUUUGAUUUUAGUAACAACAGAUAAAUGCAGUGAAAGUAACUGUCCAGUUCAAACGAGGAACUCCAUUUAUACAUGAUUCAAGUUUACUCACGGUUGUCAGGCAACUUCGCAGGAGUUGGUCUCACUAGCUGUUGUUUCACGAGAUGACGGAACACAACUGAGGCGUGCUGAAAGCGGUUAGCAUAAGUUAUGACGUCACUGCUCCACGAGGAUCGAGGUCAGACCUUCAGACCUUGGACGACGGUCGGGGUCGGCCACAAUCCUCAGAAAUCAGGACUUCCUACAUGGGUGAACGCCCAUCGCAUUACCUCUCCCUGGAAAAUAGGAAGACGCCAAGACUUGAAGUCGGGAUAUUGCAGUGUCUGGCCUGUCAAAUACCGUGCACAGGGUUACAUUAGGAGGAGCAAUGUUUUAAUCCUGUGGCGACCGCAGCGGCUACGUGCUCGUACCGUCAUGGACCACCGGAUCGCAGGGGUUGCGGGUCCGAAUCCUGCUCGAGGCACAGAUGUGCAAUGGAAGCCGUUGUGAACCGAGCGAUGUGUCGAACAAAGAAGGGUAACAUUUGACGUCAAUCACCGUUACAAGAGGUGUUCCAAUUUAUUCCAUCCAUCGCAUGUCAAGCGCUUGUUCAGUUAG